CACAUCUUCCCUUAGCACUCAGUUAAUCAAAGAGGAGGAAGAUGGAUUUCAGGCUAAUGGGUAUCGACACACCACUUCUCCACACUCUCCAGCACUUCAUGGACGCCGCCGGUGAAGAUUCCGACAAGUCCAUUAACGCCCCGUCAAGGAACUAUGUACGUGACGCUAAGGCAAUGGCUGCAACACCAGCCGACGUGAAAGAGUACCAAAAUUCCUAUGUGUUCAUCGUGGACAUGCCGGGGUUGAAAUCUGGAGAUAUUAAAGUGCAGGUGGAAGAUGACAAUGUGCUGCUGAUCAGUGGAGAAAGGAAGAGGGAAGAAGAGAAAGAAGGGGCUAAGUAUAUUAGAAUGGAGAGAAGGAUUGGGAAAUUCAUGAGGAAAUUUACGUUGCCGGAGAAUGCGAAUACUGAUGCAAUUUCUGCUGUUUGUCGAGAUGGGGUUUUGACUGUGAUUGUUCAGAAGUUGCCUCCACCUGAGCCUAAGAAACCCAAAACUAUCGAGGUUAAAAUUGCAUGAGAUAUUGGACUAGUUAUUAAUUACUCUGUUUUGUGGACACGGGAAUUGGAAGUGCUCUGUUUUGAUGCUUGAUAGUAUGACUCAGUAAUAAAAAUGGUAUAGAUCUAGGAGUGGUUAUCUCUUCCUCUGUUUUCUUUAUAUUUUCUAGAUGCUUUAUGGAGUAUGAAGGAACAAAAUGUUUGGGUAUGCUAUCUCUUGUAUACUGCAAGUGAAAUGCUUCUACUAAUAUCCAGUAUUGUUUCAUCGAUUGCUAUCAAUAUUUUCAAUAUAUAGCGUGCGUGCAAUUUCUUUUUA